CAGUCACUUUAAUUAGUUAACAAGCAGGAAUGAAAUCUAUUUUUUCUGUCACUGGCGUUAAUUUUCUUUGAUACAUUUGUUAGCCAACACUGUACAAAAUCCUGGUAAUUGAAAUUUCAUGCUGUUUCUCUUGUUUUAGUUAAUUCAAAACAUGUCAAAUAUAUUUCAGUUUCAAGAUUUAGAAUUUACGCCUGAUCCAAUAUGGCCUUAUAAAGACAUUGAAAAAGACACAUGCAUAGUUAUUGACAAUGGAAGUCAUUCGUGUCGAGUGGGCUGGUCGAGCGAUUCAAAACCACGAUUAACAUUUCGUAAUCUUGUGGCAAAAUAUCGUGGAAAAAAGGAGUCUGAUUCAGGCAAUAGCUUUUAUUUUGGUAAUGACAUUACAGAACUUGAAGAUCCCAAAUGGAAUAUUCGUACUCAAUAUGAUAUGAAUGUUGUUACUCACUUUGACACUCAAGAACAUGCCUUUGAUUAUUUAUUUUCCCAUCUUGGUAUAUCAAGUCAAAACUCUGUUAACCAUCCAGUGUGCAUUACAGAAGGAGUGUGCAUUCCUAACACAUUUCGUCAUCAUAUGUCAGAGAUGUUAUUUGAGUGUUACAAUGUUCCAAAAAUCAUUUACGGUGUAGACAGUUUGUUUAGUUUAAAUUAUAACAUGCCACAUGUUGUGGAUGGCUUGGUUGUGAGUGGUGGAUACCAGACUACUCAUGUUUUACCAAUUGUUGGUGGAAAAUUUGAUGCAGUUAACAGCCGAAGGGUGAAUUUAGGUGGUUUAAAUAUGAUGAUAUAUUUACGAAGACUACUGCAAUUAAAAUUUCCCAAUCAGGCGUCUGUUAUGAAUUUAUCAAGAGCACAGGAGCUCAUGAUCAACAAAUCAUACAUAGCUAGAGAUUAUUUUGAGGAAUUAAAGAAAUGGCAAAAUGUUCACUUUAAAGCGGAAAAUACUAUCAGUUUACAAAUGCCAGUACUUAACACAACAACAGAAAAGGAUUUAGAAAUGCGUAGAAUUCAAGCUCGAAGGCUGAAAGAAAUUAACCAACGUAAGAGAGAGGAGAAACUCAAGAUGGAGGAGGAAAAACUGUCAAAACUUAGAGAUUUGUGUGAGCUUGAAGGACAAAAUCCAGGUGCGUUUAAAAGUCAACUAAAAGCUGACCGGAUUCGCAGUAGGUCAGAAUUACAAAAUAUCAUGAAAGAAUUAAAGGAGAAAAUUGAAACCCAUAAAGAAAAGAGUCGUCAAUACUAUGAAGAAUUGAACUCUGAUGGGAAGGAAAACAUACGGUCUGACAAUAGUUUAACUGUGGAAGAAGUUGAGGAACAAAUGACUAAAUUAGAGGAUGAAAAAAUAGUUUUAAUAGACAAAAGAAGGUCACGUGUAUCACGAAAGCAAGCUUUGAAUAAGCGUAAAAGCUAUGCUUCAAAAGAACGCAUGCGCAUUCUUAGUCAAUUGGCAAAGGGAGCUAAUACAAAUGUAAAAUUGAACAAAGAAGAUACAUUCGGUAUGAAAGAUGAAGAUUGGGAUGUGUACAAAUUCAUAAACAAAGAUGGAAGUGAAUCAGAAGAAGAACAGGAACAAGAACAACUCAAUGAGAUUGAGCAGUCGUUAAGUCAGUACCAACUUUUAGUAAAUAAGUUAAUGGUUGGACGAGGUCAGAAGUAUCAGUAUUUGCCGUUUGAUACGGAACAAAUUAGAGUCCCUGAAAUACUUUAUCAGCCAAGUAUGGUGGGAAUUGAUCAAGAAGGGUUAGUUGGUAUGAUUUGUUAUGUUUUGAAAAAUUACGAUGAAGAAACCAAAAACAAAAUGACCAAAAAUAUAUUUAUAACUGGAGGUGUGACUCAGUUCCCUAAUUUUAAAGAAAGAUUAGAAAUCGAGCUCAUGGCUGUGUUACCAUUUCAAUCUAAAUAUAAAGUUCAUCAAGCGCGAAGCUGCUUGUAUGAUUCUUGGUAUGGUGCUGCUGAACUUACCCGAAAUUGUAAUGAUAUCUCUGACAUUUCCAUGAAUAAAAGCGAUUAUGAAGAACAAGGAGUUGGCUAUUUUAAGGAACACAAAUGUUCUAAUGUUCUUGUUACAUUAGAUGAAUGAUGUUUGUGCAACAGAAUACACAGUGUUUUUAUGUCUUUCAAUGUUGUUACAUAUUAUUAUAGAAUUUAACAAAUUAAUUCUGCCUUGUUAACUGUUGAAUAAUAAAAUAAUGUUACAACUUUA